CGCGGGACGGUGGGGGGUUGAGAGGCCCGGAGCGCGCGUGCGCGCGGCGCCCUCCUCCCCGCCCCGACUCGGCCGAGACGGCGGCACCAUGGCGGCGCCCGUGCCCCCGCUGCGCCCCGUCACCCACCUGCUUUUUGACAUGGACGGCCUCCUUCUGGAUACUGAACGGCUCUACUCAGUGGUGUUUGAGGAAAUCUGCGGUCGCUAUGGGAAGAAAUACAGCUGGGAUGUGAAGUCCCUCGUUAUGGGCAAGAAGGCACUGGAGGCGGCCCAGAUCAUCAUAGACACCCUGCAGCUCCCCAUGUCCAAAGAGGAGCUGGUGGAAGUCAGCCAGGCGAAGCUCCAGGAGGUGUUCCCCACGGCCGCGCUCAUGCCAGGUGUGGAGGAGCUGAUCCGCCACCUGCGGAAGCACGACGUGCCCUGUGCCGUGGCCACCAGCUCGGGGACCGCGUCCUUCCAGAGGAAGACCGGCAGACACAAGGACUUCUUCAGCUUGUUCCACCACGUGGUCCUGGGCGAUGACCCCGAAGUGAGGAGCGGGAAGCCAGAGCCAGACAUAUUCCUGGCCUGUGCCAGGAGGUUUUCUCCUGCGCCUCCCGUGGAGAAGUGCCUGGUCUUUGAAGAUGCUCCCAACGGGGUGGAGGCCGCCCUUGCAGCCGGGAUGCAGGUGGUCAUGGUUCCCGACGGAAACUUAAACCGAGACCUGACCACCAAGGCCACCCUUGUGCUGGGUUCCCUGCAGGACUUCCAGCCCGAGCUGUUUGGUCUGCCGCCCUACAAGUGAGAGGCUCCCACGCCCACAUGCGUGACCCAUGCUGCCUGGGAGAAGGGCAGACGAGAGCCCCGCUCCCACACCUCCACGUGAACAGUCCUGCAGACCACAAAGCCUUCUCUUCGCAUGAGGGCCUGGCCCACGCUCUCCAAAGGGGCAAUGAGCCAUAACUGGACAGAGAGAAGACAAAAGAGAGACAGCCCAGAACAGAGAUGGAAAUUGUCACUUGAAUAAUCACGUUUAGUAUUUGAAUAAUUUGGGUUCAUUUCUUUCUCUUCUUUGUGGUUCUCAACCAUGGCUGGAAAAUGUAAAAUAUGUAUACAUAUAUGUAUAUGCUUUUAUGUGUAUAUGUGUAUCUACAUAUUUAUUAUAUUUAUAAACAUUGUGUACUGUAUCACUCUCCUCAGUGGUUCAUCUUAACAGGCAGUAGCAACUGAUAAAAGUGAGAUGCUAAUUCUGUUUGGUUUGUAGUCUGAGUGGGAAACCCACACUAUGGAGGAGGUUUUAAUAAAUCACUGUCUGUAUCAGCAAACGUUGACAUUCUUUGUGUGCCUGUAAAUCUCUGUGGACGUCUCCUCAGAGCCUGUGAACUGUAUUGUCCGUCGUUUCCAGAACAUAAUUGCAGCCUACGUCUUAGAUCGAGGUGCGUAUCCACGUUUGAGAACAUUUUCUACCUCAGAGAAACCAUUCGCUUUAAGAAUAUUUGUUUUCCUGAUACAUUCUUUGAUGCAGAUAGAAUUGGAUUUCAGAGUGCAUCCUUGGUCCCACCGAGAGCCGUAGCCCAUGUUUGGAACAAUGUAUUGGAUACUACACCCUGGCGAUUAACCCCUUUUAAUAGAUUUACUCAGCCUGUGUGAUGGGAACAUCGUGAGAGGCAUUGAAAAUGGGAAAAAUACAAUCACAGGGUGUCCCUGCUGCUAGGCCUCCCAGGUGUUCUCUGUUAUUGGUUGCAGUUAAGCUAAUUUUCAACCGUGUAAGCCUUAGAAAAAUGAUAGAAAUGGAUGUGAUUGUUGGGUGGAAUGAUUGUCCAUGAUUGUCUCUGGCUGUUGACCAAUUUUGCCUCAUUUCAGCAAAUUCAUUUCAGCAUUCUGUAUACGUGUCUGUUCUUUGAAUUCUCCUUGGAAUCAGUUGUAACAUCUUACUGGUUCCCUCACCAGUUAAUUAAAUUGAAUAAAAGUUUUGACACUUGUUCACGUUUUAGUUGUAUGGGAGUAUGAUUUUACCUUUUAUUUAAAAAAAAAUUAUCCUCUGACAAAUAUAAAACAUAAAUGUAACUGAUUGUUUUUGUUUUUGUUUUUUUAACCCAAUAGUACUCACACUGUAAAGUAGCAUUUACAUGUAUUUUUUAUUGAAAUACAGUUGAUUUACAGUGUUGUAUUGGUUUCAGGUGUACAGCAAAGUGAUUUGGUUUUUUAAACAUAUAUUCUUUUUCAUAUUAUUUUCCCUUGUAGGUUAUUACAAGAUAUUAAGUAGAGAUCCCUGUGCUAUACAGUACAUUCUUGUUGGUUAUGUAUUUUAUAUAUAAUAGGCAUCUACAUAUUUUAGGUGAACCAAGCUGCCUUUGCAUACAGCGAAUAAAGGCUUCCAGUGAAAUGGUCA